AUGCGAUUGAAUCGAAUCUUCGCUGCUUGGAUAGGAGUGGCUGCCACACCAACUCUUGCAAUAGGCUUGCACAAAGCAGUUGAAGGCCUCUUGCAAGUCACACCUUCAUUUAGUGGUGAUGAUGUGGUGUUGCAUCCCGGGCUGAGACCCGACCACGACACACUUGACCUAGAACACCUCAUGCCCCGCCAUGACAAAUCUCGCUCACCACCUCUAGCUGCCCUACACGGAGCCAAACAUGCCUCCCUGGAGGGCAAAUUCGUCCGUGGUACUGUCGUCUUGGAUCAAUCUAAUCAUAUCAAGAGCGUCAUUUGUGACACUGAUGACAUUCAAGUCUGCUUCAAGAAUUCAAGUGCACUGCAGGCUGCUGAGAGUUCUUGGGCACGCGACGGUGGCUUUAAUCUUGCGACUUACCAUGUGGGCUGCGGAGACGAAGGCUCUGGAAAGCGUACUUUCUUUCACGUAUCACACACUUCAUUUAACAAUCAGACAAUGUGUGCGGUGAUGACUGUCACCGAGAUCUCAGAGGAAGAAGCGUUGGAGUCGGCAGUCUUAUCCUGGGGCACCUACACAGAUCCAACUAACAGAAAAAGGUCACCAACCAAAGGUCAUGUACGCGUUCAACGACCGGGCAACUCUAACCACACUUUACGUGGCUCUAACCACACGCUGCCUGGCCGACCAAUGCGAACCAUGAAUGGGACAGUGAUAAUAGGGAAUCCGACAGAGCCUCCGAUCAUCAAUGGUACUACAGAUAUUACGACUGAUCCCAACGCAUUUCAUUAUUUCUUUAAUAAUUCUCACCUGAAUACGACUGAUAUGGGAGCAAAAAUUCCCACAAUGCCUUUCUUGGACAUCGACGACUAUGAGAAUGAAAAUUCCAAAAAUGUUUCCCGUCGUUCCUUGAUGCGAAGCCGACACGAAAGAACCAACAGAGUUCGAACUGAGUUGUCAACACGCAGUACAUCAGCUCUUGCUCGGCGUGACUUUUUCGGAGAUAUUUGGGAUGGAAUUAUAGCACUAGGUCGAGCAGUCGUGUCCGCCUUUAGAUUUGCGGCCGGGGCGGUUCUCUCAAUUGGUGAGCGGGUAGUUGAAUUAGCGACUAUUACUAUCAAACUCCUACUCGUUCCAUUUGGUGUCCCGUUUAAACACAUAUAUCACCAUGACAUCUCAUUCCAUGAAUAUCUCAAUGGAGCCAGUGUUAGCAAUAAACCACCGAACAUUUUCGGUGUUGGGGACGGAUUUGUGCUUGCCAAACCCCACGGCGCAGAGUGGACAGUACAAUGUACCAAAUGUGGCGUCCACGUGAACAUGGAUAUCGAAGGACAACUGGAAUUCAGCAUCAAAGAUGGCUUGACGGAGGGGUUCCUCCAAUUUCGUAACAAGGAUGAGCUUAGACUGGAUGCCCAAAUCGGCAUCAGCGCCACUGGAAAACUGUCCAGAGGGUGGUCAGACCCCAUCAAACAUCAUGACAAGGAACUAAAGAACAUUCCGCUUCCUGGAUUUGGGAUCCCGGGGAUCCUCACGCUCGGUCCACAGGUCUCUUUCAGUGUUUCUGUCGCUCUUCAGGUCGAGGGAAAGAUCGAACUGCUGGUGGGUGGCAGCGUGAUACUCGAACCAGGUACUGCUACAGCCAGCAUUGUAAAGGCCGAAAAUGGGAUCCACGGAUUCAAUCCAAGAUUUGAACCUGUGUUUAAAGCGUCAGGUCAAUUUACUGCUGGUCUUGAUAUCGGACUUCCAAUUGGGAUGGACUUUGGCAUUGAUGUCCUACAGGGCAAAUUCAAGAAAACCGUCUCAUUCACGAAUGCUCCAUCCAUUUAUGCAGAAGCAACUUAUGCCCUAUCAAAUGAUGAAACAAAAAAGGGCUCGUGCAAUAAUGGUGUGCAACUGAAAGCAGGCGUCAGGCAUCGUCUAUAUGUUAACGCAGUUGAUUUGUGGGAAUUUGAUAUUGCCAACUUUAAACUUUAUGAAAAGGACCUUGGCUGUGUUACGGCGAAUGGAUUCACACCAGGAAACGUAAAAAACGAUAAUGGAGUCAUCAAAGACAUCGUUGACAAAGCCAAGGGGGAUUCUUACAACCAGAAACCCUUCAUUCCUCAAGUCUCUGUCGUACCCAAAAAGACCUAUAAGGACCAAGCAUUCAGAAUCUUGAUGGACUCGAAAGGCGAGACCAUUAUGGUUUCUGGUGAAGACGGCGGACUCUAUCUGGUCGGGAAAAACCAGGGGUACGACACCAGUGCACCAUGGGGGACACUCGACAAGAAAGAAAAUCCAAUCUCAUUGGAUGUCUUCGGACGUGUUUUAGCUUUCAAAUCUCUUCCACGUGCGGUGGACUAUCAAGACUUCAAAUACCAGUUCGCAGGUUAUGGUCAGGGUAUCGCCGAUCUAGUCGUGGUAGACCCUACAAAAGUCCCAGAUGGGUACCAAGCUACCGUUUUCAAGCCAUUGCCAAACAGCAAAGCUGGGUGCUCAAGGAGAUAUGGCAUCGCAUACGUCGGCGCGCAUCCAAAUAAAAAUGAUGGAGACUUCGUGUUUUACCCCACUGCCUGUGUCACGCCUACUGGACUGAGAAUCAUCAUGACUACUUCUAUGAUUGACAAGGAGGGUCAAGCUCUCGACCUUUUCGGCCACCCUAGCGUUCUACUUGAAGAAAUUAUGAAAGAUGACUUUCUCAAGCACUAUGGCACUGCUGUAUGCCGCACGGUUCAAUUGGUCAGCGAUCAGGAUCAGCAGGGCUGCAAAUAG